GUGCCAGCUGUGUUGGAAAUACGCGGAUUGGACCAGGGACCCUCGAAUGAUCCGCUUGGAAUUUGGGUGAACUGUCCGUGCAUGGUGCACGCAAUGACACACUAAUGCUGAAAUGUUAGUGAGAGACCGUUCUCCAAGAAUAGCGAGGUGAGACGUGCAGCUGCAUUUGAAAUAUCUUGACUGCGCCCUGCUGAGGACUGGUCUUAAGAGUGCACGUUACCUCAGACCUGAUCCAAUACCAGUAAGGAUGGGUCUCGGGAAACAUUUGAAAGACCCAGACCUCACAAACAAUGGCAAGCAAGGAGGUGGUAAUGUCUUCACGUGGGAGGAGAUACAGAGGCAUGCGAACAAGAAUGAUCAGUGGCUCGUCAUUGACAGGAAAGUGUACAACAUCACCAACUGGACCAAGAGGCAUCCUGGCGGAAUAAGAGUCAUCAGUCACUAUGCUGGGGAGGAUGCCACAGAAGCAUUCACAGCUUUUCAUCCUGAUCCAACCUUUGUGAGAAAAUUUCUGAAGCCCUUGUUGGUUGGUGAACUGGCAGCAUCUGAACCUUGUCAUGAUCACGACAAGAGUGAAAAUAUUGUUCAGGACUUCCGUAAUUUGCGUGACCAUGCAGAAAAAGAAGGGCUGUUUCAAGCCAAGCCUCUUUUUUUCUGCCUUCAUCUGGGGCACAUUCUGUUACUGGAAGUCCUGGCUUUGCUGCUUCUGUGGACCUGCGAAACCAACUGGACUUCAACACUGCUUUGCUGUGUCAUUCUGGCCACAUCCCAGUCCCAAGCCGGAUGGUUGCAGCAUGAUUUUGCCCACCUGUCUGUCUUCAAGAAAUCCAGAUGGAAUCAUUUACUUCAAAAAUUUACUAUUGGUCACUUAAAGGGAGCUUCUGCCUGCUGGUGGAACCAUCGUCACUUCCAGCAUCAUGCCAAGCCCAAUGUGAUCCGUAAGGACCCUGACAUCAACAUGCUCCACAUGUUUGUAUUAGGAGACACACAGCCAGUGGAGUAUGGAAUAAAGAAGCUCAAGUAUUUGCCUUACAACCACCAACACAAAUACUUCUUUUUGGUUGGCCCCCCUCUGCUUAUUCCAGUGUUUUUCCACAUUCAGAUUCUAAAAACCAUGUUUUCGCAUCGUCUCUGGGAGGACAUAGCCUGGUGGAUAACCUUUCAAAUUCGCUACUUCCUAUGCUAUGUUCCCUUCUUUGGUUUUCUUGGUUCAGUCCUUCUAUUAAGCGUUGUCAGGUUUCUGGAGAGCCACUGGUUUGUAUGGGUGACACAGAUGAGCCACAUUCCAAAGGACAUUGAAUAUGACAACCACCAAGACUGGCUGACCAUGCAGUUGAAUUCCACCUGCAAUAUUGAGCAGUCAUUCUUCAAUGACUGGUUCAGUGGGCACCUUAACUUUCAGGUUGAACACCACCUUUUCCCCACCAUGCCACGUCACAACUUCCAUCGGAUUGCUCCAAUGGUGCGUGCUUUGUGUAAGAAACAUGGCCUUUCCUACGAGGUGAAGACAUUGGGACAAGGUUUUGCAGAUGUUGUGAGAUCACUGAAGAAGUCUGGGUGCCUGUGGCUUGAUGCUUAUCUACAUAAAUGAUGAAGAAAUAACCGUCUGACAGACUUGAGUUGGUCACCAAAAAGUGAAUUUUGUCAUUCACUUAAUGCAGUUGCCAUUCUUAUGUAAAUAAAUGUGCUGUAUUUUGUCCCAAUAUUGACAGGGUGUUGCUUUUGAAUAGUGGUCAAAUUGCAACCAAUAACAUAAUCCACAGCAUGUUAUUUAGCAGAAAACGUGGAAUUCCCUCUGUGAGUCUGUCUAUGCUUCGCCUAACUUGUUGGUCUAAUUGUGGGGUGGUUUUUGUUGUUGUCUCUAAGCUUGUUUUGGUGAUCCAAGCUGUUUUUUGUGAUUCGUUCUGUCUGUAAAAAGGGAGCUGAUCUUUUAAUGAAACUUAACACUACUCCCAUAUUAAUCUUUGUUCCGACAAGAAUAAAACUAUUUGGACUGAU